GCAACCCUCAAGUUACGUCUAUAUAAGCAACUCACAAGAUGUUUUCCAGUUGUCAGUCUAAUAAGUGGCUAAAACACGUGCAAUGUCUCUCAUUGAUGAGCUUCAAAGGAGAUGGAGAUUGCUCCGCGUACAUCCGAUGGAACUGUGGGUAGUAUUACACAACAAUGUGCAUCCGGAGCACAUAUCAAUCCACUACAAUCGCCUGCAACUAAUCGCCUGGGGCAGCUUUCCGAUUAAGUCGGAAAGUCGAACUUUGAUUCAACGCGCUUGGAACCUUUACAUUUUAUUGCAAAUCAAUUUUUUCAUUGUUACUACUGUGUGGGCGCUACACGAGGACGAAGAUUUUGUGACCUUAGGUCAGGAUCUUUUGUGGAACUGUGGAAUGGUUUACUUGAUGACCAAAUGGCACUUUUUGUACUUUCGUGCCGAUAAAGUCGAUGAUUUAGUCGAUAGAUUGGAAGCCUGUCAUCGGGAAGUGAAGAAAAAAACAUUCAGCCGAUGAAAUUCGGUCUAUACAACGUUAUCAUUAUACUGUAGAAUCGUCUCUAAGUGUCCUUUGGUUCUUUGGUCUCUCUAUGUUUGUCGGCUUGAUUGCGACUCUUCCUGUUUAUACGAAUCAAAAGUUGCCCUUUCAUG